AAUAAUAACCGCAAAAAGGCACGGACUAAUUUGAUAAGACAUACAAUGCAAAAUUAACCUAUAUAAGGCUGAAUUUAAAAGCACUGGGUCACAAUUUGCAUUUUUAAAAGCAAAGCAACCAAGUUCAAAGACCAUGAGUGGCUGUACAGAAGAAAUUACUUUUGCAAAAACCAAGGAGACCACGAGGAUCGCGAUCAUCGGAGCUGGAGUCUCAGGAAUUGCGACUGCCACUAGGUUGCUGGAGCAGGGAUUUAAGAACAUCACACUUUUCGAGUCGGAGGAUCGCAUCGGAGGACGCAUUAACACGAUCCCCUUUGCAAAUAACGUUAUCGAUCUGGGAGCUCAAUGGUGUCACGGGGAACAGGGAAACGUGGUCUUCGAGAAGGUUAAGGACCUGGAUGUCCUUGAUAGGUCAAAUGACUAUGGCUUUCACUUUGUGCGCUCCAACAAGGAAAUCCUUUCCGAUGAUCAAGCCAAGGCUAUUAAGAAAUUUCUGCUGGAAUAUGAAAUAACACCCGAUUGUGAGGGAUCCGUAGGCGAUGACUUGAGCCAAAGCUAUUGGAAGGAGGUGGACCAGCAGUUGGUUGCCAACGAAAAGACCAUUGCCAAGGAGGCACUGGACUGCAUGAAGAAGCACCUCUGCAGUGAGGAAGCCUGCGAUCAUCUGUACGAACUAUCGCCUCGAAACUUCUCGAAUUUUGACGCUAGCGACGGCGAUCAGAAUCUCAGUUGGCGACAAAAGGGCUACUGGAAGUUCUUGAGUCUUUUGCUGAACGCCAGCGAGGAUCAUCCCGGUGAUCAGGGACUUUUAAAGGGACAUGUGCACCUCAACAAGCGCAUUACCGAGAUUAAUUGGGCAGGAGACGGUGAACUGACCCUACGCACAUGGAACGGUCAGAUAGUCUCGGUGGAUCACGUCAUCUGCACCGUCUCCCUGGGAGUUCUUAGGGCAAAGUACCAGAAGCUCUUCGUGCCAGCUCUUCCGGCUGCCAAAGUGAGGUCCAUUGAGGGUCUCAGGCUGGGCACCGUCAACAAGUUCAUCUUGGAGUUCGAGGAGCAGCCAAUGCCGGAGCACAUGAGAAGCUUCGCCUGCCUGUGGCUGGAGGCCGACCUCAAGGAGCUGCGAGGCGGCAAAUACUUCUGGCUGGAGGGCAUCGUUGGCUUCCAUCGCGUGGCGAGUCAACCGCUUCUGAUGGAGGGCUGGAUCAUCGGGGCCCAUGCCCGGUAUAUGGAAACCCUGCGAGAGAAAAACGUUCUCGAAGGCCUGCAAUGGUUCUUCAGAAAGUUCCUCACAUUCAGCGUGCCCCAUCCCAAACACUUUUUGCGCACUCAGUGGCACUCCAAUCCGAACUUUCGGGGCAGCUAUAGUUUCUACCCCACAUAUGCUGAUGAACUGCGCACGGGACGUACGGAUUUGGGUUCCCCAUUGAUGAAUGUCUCUGGAAGACCCAGGAUUCAGUUCGCCGGAGAGGCUACGAGCCGGAAUCACUUCGCCACGGUACAUGGAGCCACUGAGACCGGAUGGCGCGAGGCCGAUCGUCUCAAUGAAUUCUACAAGGGACGAGCCGAAAACUAAAAUAAUGACUAUAAGGACUACACAAUUCAAGCUCUACAAAAAAUUCAGAGACAGAAAAAAAAUCUCGAAACCUAUUUUAAAAUAGUUUGAUUCUUUAUAAGCCACAAAUUUUUGGAUGGCUAGACAAUUUAGCCGCAAUUUCCCAAAAGAAAAAUAAGCUUGGUUCUUCGUUAU